AUGGCCUGGCCCCUGGUGGGGGCUUUCCUUUGCGGGCACUUGCUGGGCUUCGUGUGCCUGAGCGGGCUAGCUGUGGAGGUGACUGUGCCCACUGAGCCACUGAGCGUGCCAAAGGGUAAGACGGCCGAGCUGAGCUGCAGUUACAAAACAUCGGUGGGUGACAACUUUGCCUUAGAGUGGAGCUUUGUGCAGCCUGGGAAGCCCAUCUCUGCGUCUGUGCCCAUUCUGUACUUCACCAAUGGCCACCUGUAUCCCACUGGCUCUAAAGCAGAUCGGGCCAUCCUUCUCCACGAUCCACCCACAGGAGGACUGGCUACCCUGAAACUGACUGACCUCCGCCCUUCAGACACUGGGACCUACCUCUGCAAUGUUAACAACCCACCAGAUUUCUACACCAAUGGGUUGGGGUUAAUCAACCUUACUGUGCUGGUACCCCCCAGUCACCCCUUAUGCAGCCAGAGUGGGCAAACCUCUGUGGGUGGUUCUGCUGCACUGGGAUGCCGCUCCUCUGAGGGAGCACCGAAGCCAGUGUACAACUGGGUACGUCUCGGAUCUUCUCCUACACCUCCUCCUGGUAGCAUGGUUCAAGAUGAAGUGUCCGGCCAGCUCAUUCUCACCAAUCUCUCCCUGACUUCCUCUGGCACCUACCGAUGUGUGGCCAGCAACCAGAUGGGCAGCGCUUCCUGUGAGCUGAACUUCUCCGUGACUGACUCAUCUGAAGGCCGAGUGGCUGGGACUCUGAUUGGGGUGCUGCUGGGCGUGCUGCUCCUGUCAGUCUCUGCAUUCUGCCUCAUCAGGUUCCAGAAAGAGAGGAAAAAGGAGCCCAAGGAGACCUAUGUGGGUAGUGACCUUCGGGAGGAUGCAACCGCUCCUGGGGUUUUUGAGCAAGCUUCUAUGAGAGCCGAUCAUAGCAAAGAGCUCCUGGAGAAGCCUCCAUCCGCCAGCACUGUGACCACCACCAAGUCUAAACUCUCUAUGGUUGUCUGACUUCUGAUCGCUGAGGGGGGUGAGCGUUAAUGUUAAUAAUUAAAGCCUAAACCAUGCCA